AUGGGGGGUGCGAGCGCGGCCGGACAAGGACAGGGGCCCUCCUCGCUGUUCCUCUUCUCCGAGGAAAACCCCAUCCGCAGAUAUACGCGCUUCAUCAUCGAGUGGCCUCCGUUUGAAUAUGCCGUGCUUUCGACAAUCAUAGCAAACUGCAUUGUACUGGCAUUGGAGGAGCACCUGCCCAAUUCCGACAAAACAAUGUUAGCACAAAAAUUAGAGAAGACAGAAGUUUAUUUUCUAGGAAUAUUUUGCGUUGAAGCCUCACUAAAAAUUUUAGCCUUAGGUUUCGUUUUACACAGAGGAUCUUAUUUGAGGAACAUUUGGAACAUUAUGGAUUUUUUUGUCGUACUAACUGGGUUUCUCACGUUGUUCCCUCAAGAUUUCAUUGCGGUGGACCUGCGAACCUUGCGGGCUAUUCGAGUGCUAAGACCGCUGAAGCUAGUCUCUGGCAUCCCUAGUCUUCAAGUGGUUUUAAAGUCUAUCAUUAAGGCUAUGGCACCUUUGCUGCAAAUUGGGUUGUUGGUGUUGUUUGCUAUUGUCAUAUUUGCUAUAAUCGGCCUGGAAUUUUAUUCUGGAGCAUUGCACCGUACGUGCUAUAGCCUUUACAACAUAGAUGAAAUUGUAAAAGAAGGAGACGAAGAAGUACCAUGCAAUACGGACAAUGAAACACAAGCCGAGAGUCAAGGUAGCAACUGGUGCAGAGACGGAAAUUCUGUUUGUCUGGAAAGGUGGCAAGGUCCCAACAAUGGCAUAACAUCUUUCGACAACAUUGGGUUUGCCAUGUUAACCGUAUUCCAGUGUAUUACCAUGGAAGGUUGGACCUCCAUUUUAUAUUGGAUGAACGAUGCCUUGGGCAGCAUCUUCAACUGGAUGUACUUUGUCCCACUGAUAGUCUUGGGUUCAUUUUUUAUGUUGAAUUUAGUUCUUGGUGUUCUUAGCGGUGAAUUUGCCAAAGAAAGAGAAAAAGUAGAAAACAGGCAGGAAUUUCUAAAAUUGAGAAGAGCAGCACAGCUAGAAAGGGAGCUAAACGGAUACGUCCAGUGGAUUUGUAAAGCUGAGGAAGUAAUUUUAGCCGAAGAAAGAACGACGGAGGAGGAAAAAAUGCACAUAAUGGAAGCGAGACGGCGCGCGGCGAAAAAGAAAAAGUUGAAAAAGAUGGGAAAGAGUAAGAGUACAGACACGGAAGAGGAGCAGGAGGAAGAAGAUGUGGGAGAUGAUGUAUUUCUUACAGAGUCUAAGAAAAAGCUAAAAGGUUUCGGGAGGACGUCAUAUUUAAAAUCAAGGGUCAAAGGGCAGGGAGGAUGCGCCCGGUUCUGGAGGGCCGAAAAGAGGUUCAGAUUUGGUGUGAGGCACAUGAUUAAGACACAGUGGUUUUAUUGGUCUGUUAUAAUGCUUGUCUUUUUAAAUACGAUUUGCGUUGCCGUCGAGUUCCAUGGGCAACCCAAGUGGUUGACCAAUUUUUUAUAUUGUGCCGAAUUCGUAUUCUUAGGUCUGUUCAUGUCAGAGAUGUUCAUAAAGAUGUACGCCCUGGGGCCAAGGAUAUACUUUGAGUCUGCCUUCAACCGCUUCGAUUGCGUCGUGAUAUCGGGGUCUAUAUUCGAGGUGAUCUGGUCCGCGGUGAAAGGAGGGUCCUUUGGACUGUCCGUACUUAGGGCCCUCAGGCUGUUGAGGAUAUUCAAAGUGACGAAAUACUGGUCGUCCCUCCGCAACCUCGUCAUUUCGCUGCUCAACUCGAUGCGAUCCAUCAUCUCCCUGUUGUUCCUUCUGUUCUUGUUCAUUCUCAUUUUCGCGUUGCUCGGGAUGCAGCUCUUCGGGGGACAGUUCAACUUCGAGGGCGGAACUCCCAACGCCAACUUCAACACCUUCCCCAUCGCGUUGUUGACGGUGUUUCAAAUUCUGACCGGUGAGGAUUGGAACGAGGUGAUGUACAACGGCAUCAAUGCGCUGGGCGGCCCGCACGAGAACGGCAUGAUUUACUCCUUAUAUUUCAUAAUACUCAUGCUUUUCGGCAACUACACAUUGCUCAACGUAUUCUUGGCCAUUGCGGUCGAUAACUUGGCUAACGCUCAGGAGUUGACGGCCGCCGAAGAAGAACAAGCCGAGGAAAACAAAGAGAAGCAAGCCUUGGAGUUGGAGAAGGAAAUGGAGGCCUUGCAGUUGGAAGGUUCUAAUCCCAGGGUGGAGGUGUGCCCUCCGAGUCCUGUCAGGGGGCGGAAAAAGAAGGAGGAGAAACCCGAGGAGGAGGAAGAGAUUAUUGGCCCGAAACCGAUGUUGCCGUACUCCAGCAUGUUCAUUCUUUCUUCAACUAAUCCUGUACGAAGGUGUGCACAUUGGAUCGUAAACCUGCGAUAUUUCGAUUUUUUUAUUAUGAUCGUCAUCUGUCUGAGUUCCAUGGCCCUAGCAGCGGAGGACCCGGUGGAUGAGAAUGCGUUCCGCAACACUAUCCUAGACAAGCUGGAUUACGCCUUCACGGGGGUAUUCGCGGUCGAGAUGUUUCUCAAGAUAAUCGACCUGGGGGUGAUCCUGCAUCCCGGGUCGUACCUCAGAGAAUUGUGGAAUAUCAUGGACGCCGUGGUGGUGAUCUGCGCCCUCGUAUCCAUGGGUUUCGAUUUUGCGAAACGUCCAGCGGCCACGAACUUGUCGACGAUAAAAUCGUUGAGAGUGUUGCGAGUGUUGAGACCUUUAAAAACAAUUAAAAGAGUGCCCAAACUGAAGGCGGUGUUCGACUGUCUCGUGAACUCAUUAAAAAAUGUGAUAAACAUUCUUAUAGUGUACAUAUUAUUCCAAUUUAUAUUCGCUGUGAUUGCCGUUCAACUAUUUAACGGAAAAUUUUUUUAUUGUACUGAUGGUAGCAAAUUUACAGAAGCAACCUGCCAGGGUCAUUUUUUUGUAUAUGAGGAAGACAGCGAUGUGCCUGAGGUGGAAAAGCGCGAAUGGUUGUCACAAAAAUUCCAUUACGACGACGUGGCGAUGGCCAUGCUGACACUCUUUGCCGUUCAGACGGGAGAAGGAUGGCCUCAGGUUCUGCAAAACUCGAUGGCUGCCACUUAUGAGGAUCAAGGCCCUAUACAGAACUUUCGAAUAGAAAUGUCCAUUUUCUAUAUCGUAUAUUUUGUAGUGUUCCCGUUUUUCUUUGUAAAUAUAUUCGUAGCCUUGAUCAUUAUCACGUUUCAAGAGCAGGGAGAGGCCGAGCUUCAGAGUGGUGAGAUCGAUAAAAAUCAAAAAUCGUGUAUAGACUUUACUAUCCAAGCUCGUCCAUUAGAAAGGUACAUGCCAAAUAAAAGAAACAGCUUUAAAUAUAAGAUAUGGAGGGUAGUCGUGUCGACGCCAUUUGAAUAUUUCAUCAUGAUGUUAAUUGUUUUUAAUACCUUAUUGCUGAUGAUGAAGUACCAUGAGUCGCCACCCUUGUUGUCAGACAUCCUCGCAGCUAUGAACAUACUUUUUACAUUUCUGUUCCUAUGUGAGACUGUUUUGAAGUUAAUCGCAUUUGGUAUAAAGAAUUUCUUCAAAGACCCUUGGAACGUGUUCGACUUUAUAACAGUGAUAGGAAGUAUUGUAGAUGCCUUGGUGGUGGAAUUUGGAGAAAGGGCAGCCCAAUUAAAUAAAGAAAGGGAAAAUUUCAUAAACGUUGGAUGUUUGAGGUUAUUUCGUGCUGCACGGUUGAUAAAAUUACUUCGCCAAGGGUAUACAAUAAGAAUAUUGCUUUGGACUUUUGUCCAAAGUUUUAAAGCUCUUCCAUACGUAUGUUUACUCAUUGCUAUGCUGUUCUUUAUAUAUGCCAUUAUCGGAAUGCAGGUUUUUGGGAAUAUUGCCGAACAGCCUACCGAGUCUAUAAACAGACACAAUAACUUUCGAAAUUUCGUACAGGGAUUAAUGCUUUUAUUUAGAUGUGCGACUGGUGAAAAUUGGCCCAGCAUAAUGUUAUCCUGCAUCAAGGGGAGACCUUGCGACCCGAAAACGGGAAAAGGAGAGAACCAGUGUGGGUCGAAUCUAGCGUACGCGUACUUCGUAUCUUUUAUAUUUUUGUGUUCAUUUUUGAUGUUGAACCUGUUCGUUGCGGUCAUCAUGGACAAUUUCGAUUAUUUAACCAGGGAUUCUUCUAUAUUGGGGGCCCAUCACUUGGACGAAUUUGUGCGAAUCUGGGCGGAAUACGAUCCGAACGCGACGGGAAAGAUACAUUAUACGGAGAUGUACGACAUGUUGAAGAAUAUGGAUCCCCCGCUCGGGUUCGGAAACAAGUGUCCGAACAGGCUGGCUUAUAAGAAGCUGAUCAGGAUGAACAUGCCUGUGGACGACGAGGGGAAGGUUAAUUUUACGUCCACCUUGUUCGCUCUCAUUAGGGAGAAUCUCAACAUUAAAAUGAGAUCAGCCGAUGAAAUGGACCAAGCCGACGAUGAGUUGAAAGAGACAAUCAAGAACAUUUGGCCGCUUCAGGCCAAGAACAUGGUGGACUUACUAGUUCCCCCAAACGAUCAGCUGAACAUGGGAAAAGUGACGGUCGGGAAAAUAUACGCCGGCCUGCUGAUCCUGGAGAGCUGGCGUAGCACCAGAUUCGGCCAAGUGGAGCCCACCGGGUUGCCGGGAUUUGGAAACAGUCCUACAGCAAAUACCGCGAAAGCGUCCUUUUUUGACUGCCUUAUGGAUAUGGCCGGCCAUCUCGGCGGGAGUAGAGCCGGCUCCCUGAGCUUAGAAGGGGCCCCUCUAAUGGGGGGACAGGAGCACAGCGAUACUCACCUGAAUUUGCCCGAAGAUAGCUCGCUCGUUACUCUGGCGCGGAGGAACACCAAAAGAAAUCGAUCGAUAAGGAGCAAAAAGGCGAUGGAGUUACAAGAUGUCAUGGGCUCCCGCAGGCCGUCUUGCGAAAGUAUAGGCGAUCAGCAGCAUUUACACCCAUCAGGUUAUGUAAACUCUCAUCGACAGAGCCCUAGUCUUCGACGUAACUCCCCUUCUCUUCAGAGAAGCCCAUCUCCGCGUAGGAGGUACCCCCAUCACCUCCACCACGAUAUAGGAUUCUCAGACACCGUAUCGAACGUAGUGGAAAUUGUAAAGCACGAACAUCAGAGAGCCUCUCAAAGAACUAGAUUUCCUAGAGGUAAGCUAAUGUGCUCCUGGUCAGCCUCGACGAGUCCAGCGAGAUCGCCCUCGCCCACAGGAGGCCGACACAACUCCAGGUAUGGCCCCCUGAGAUCGUCCAGGAGAGGCGAUUACGGAACUACCAGUUUGUGUCAGCGGUCAAGGUCUCCCAGUCCUACUAACCCCAAUACUACUCACCCCAAUACUACUCACCCCAAUACUGCUCACCCCAACACGCAUCCGCCGGCGCACCCUGCGGUACCACACCAGCAGGGUCCUCCGCUAAUAGCAAGUGCUGUGGUAGGUAUCCCGAUGGGGCAGUCUGCGGCACACCAGGGUAGCAUGCAGCACAGUCACCCAAUGUUGGGGGGUAGAAGGGGACAGGGGAGAAGGUUACCACCCACACCCUGCAAGCCCUCGACGCUUCAACUUAGACCCGGUACAAUCAACUUUCCGAAACUCAACGCGUCUCCAACCCACCAACAACUGCAAUCACAGUCUGCACACGCAACGCCCCACACCUACCCGCAUAGUUUCCCAAGGGAUCGAGAACCCCUGAGAGAGAUCGUGCCCGCCACUCCCGCCAAUGUUACGACGAAUAUCAGCGUCAACCCGGGAGUAAGGGAUCAGGCCCCACUGAGCUUCGAACAGGCCGUCGCGCUCGGAAGGGGCGGCAGAAUGUUACCCAGUCCUGUACCAAACGGAUACAAACCGAAACCAACACGUUCUAGGCACUCCGAUUCCGAUGACGAUGACUGGUGCUAGCAUAUGCUGAACACUCUUUAAGAGU